GUGACAUAUUCGAAAAAGAAAAAUAUCGUCGAUUGUGAUUUAUUUGUACUUCGCAGUUCUAAGUUUUUUUUUCCACAAAAAAAAUCAUCCGUGUCAUUAGCUACCAAAGAAAGGUUUAAAGCUUAGUAUUUAAGUAAUUAUCGUACGCUAGAAAUUAAAAAAAUCAAAAACAAUGAGUGUGGAACUGAAUAAAGUUGUAAUUUUCCUAUUUGUCCUUGCCAUUGGAAACUGUGCACCGCAAAGAGAUAUUUCUAUUGAACCAAGUAAAGUGAAUCAACAAGUUAGCUAUGAAUUAGUGACCCCAGAUCAGGCCUCUGAACCGGUUAAUCCAAUUAGCCAAGAUACGACAGUGCCGCCAUCUACAACAUCUACCAAAGGUCCGGAUACAACCACUGAUCCGCCAAAAACUACUACAAAGGCUCCGGACACAACCACUGAUCCACCAACCACUACUACAAAAGCUCCCGACACCACCACGGUUACAACUCCGUCAACCCCGACAACAAGUACAACCACUUCAACAACUCCCGUCCCUACACCAACAACACCACCGACACCGACACCAUCAACUUCAACGACAACUCCGGCACCUCCGACUCCAAAACCGGAGCCAAUACCGUGUCGUCGCUUCGACGGUCCAUCAUUUAUCGGUGGCAUCGUAUUGACCGUUGGUUUGAUUGCAAUCUCAUUCGUUGUAUGGAAAUUCUACAAAUCGCGAACAGAACGUAAUUAUCACACCCUAUAAGGGUUAGAGUUCGAAUAUGUUGCAGAUGAAUUUCAAUGAAAUGAAAAUUUCGAUAAAAGAAAAGAGAAAAUUCUGAGCGAGUAGAUUUUCCCCAAUUUUUUCCGAUUUGUUUAUUUUAAAAUUUGAUUUUUUUGUACAAUCAUCUGCAACGGGCUUUGGUUCGGUUAUGUUUUCGGUUUCGAUUAAUUUCCGUUUUUUUUUAUUUAACGAUCUGAAUCUUUAAUGUGAACGCUCAAAAAAUGAUUUUCGUUUGUUGUUUUUCGGGGUGGAAAUAAUUAGGUCUGAUUUUUACUAUUAUUUUCUGAUUAUAAAUGUUUUGCAAAACAAAAAAUACAAAAAAUGUAUAAUCCUAAAUGAAGAAUAUCUCACACACACGCAAAUAUUAUUGUACAAUCUUCACUUGAAUAUGUAUGCAAUGGAAAAAAGUUAAUUUAUCAAAUUAGUGCUGCUGCAAUUGUAAUUGAUUUUAACACUAAAAAUGUACAAUCUCACUAAACAUGAACGUUGAUUUCAAUAAAAAGAGUUAGUAAGACAAUUUACACAUCCACUUCAUACUAAACAUAUUGAUGUUCCCAAAGGCAGAAUAUUAAAUGUCUUUUUUGUGAAUAUUUUAAACCGAAAUAUUCGUUUCGUUGAACAUCCAGGGCAUAUUUGUAAGGAACAAUUUUCUCGAAAUUUCGCAGUUUUCUGAAAUUUCUUCUCAUUUUCUCACAAUUUUUCGUUAUCAAUUGAUAUCCUUGUAAGACAAGGUACGGAACAGAAGGCCCAAGCAGAAGAGGAAUCUACUUUCAAGAAAUCGUUUUGUCAAAUUGUGGAUAAAGAUUUCUGAAAUUUAUCAUGAAAAUUCUCGUGGUCGGAAUGGCCCAGAUCCUAAUAAUGAGCAAUAUUUCACCAAAUUGCACUAACAAAAAUCACUAAAUUUGUUGAACUUGGGUGAUAAUUAGCGAAAUAUUUCUUAAUCUGAGGCCCCGUGACAAUAUAAGGCGUUGAUAAAUUCUGUCAAAAUUUUAGAAAAUCACGUAGCAUCGCAAAGCCACGCGAAAGACCUAGUGAAAGCUGUUGUUCCCAUUACGACAGAGAAGACAAGUUUGCAUUAAGCCUCUUUUCAGCCGCUAUGUAAAGCUAAAGUGAGCAAAUAAAUCUGCUGAAAAUAGGUUCUCUUGCCGGUACUCAGAUAACAUUUCCAAAUCAACAUUUCUUAUGUACAUGGAGCCGAUAAAUUAUAGAAAAUAAAGAAAUAUUAAGGAAUUUAGGCAAAGUUAGACAAA